AUGCCCUGCGCGCGCGCCGUCGCGCUCGCGCCCGCGCGCGCGCCGUGCGCGACGAAACCUCGAGCGAACCGUCGACGCGCGAAACCUCUCGCGCGCGCGAACGAAGGCGACGGCCUGCGCGAGGCGCUGAGCGCGGCGCAACAGGCGCCCGAUAACGUCACCGAGCGCGACUUUUCGAAUUACUACAAAGUUCUGAACUCGCAAUCGCCCGAAGAGGCGCAGGAGGUGGUGGACGCGAUGAGCGCGAGCGGCGAACUCACCGAGGGCGUCGUCGAGGCGGCGCUCGCGACGAUGCAAACCGCGGAAUCCAAGGGUGAACGACCGGAGAUCGUGCAAGCGCUGAAGGGUGUCUUUGAAUAUUUGCUGGAGAGUUAUCAGCGCGCGAACGCGCCGGCGGAGUUGAGUGUGAUCGACGCGGUGGUGGCGAAGUUGAACGCGCUCGAGGAAUCGGACGACGACGCGAAGGCGGAGGAGAACGUCGUGCUCGAGUGCGUGCGAGAGGCGAACAUGGACGUGAAAGCGUUCGAGCAGUCGCUGGAUGGGUUUUUGGUCGCGAUGGAGGAGCAAGACGCGCAGUUUGACGCGCAGGUAAGAGAGAUGCGCGAGAAAGGCGUGGCGCCGGAGCAAGCCGAGCAAAUCGAGCAGCUCGUGUACAUGCGCGCCAACGCCAAGGCGCAGAUGCUUUGCAUUCGAGACAUCACGCAAAGAAUCAGCGCGUGA